UAUGAAUCUGACUAGAUAUAAUUAUUUGCAUAAUUUAGCUUUCAUCUAAUAAAGAAUCAAAGAAGCUAAUUAUGUUGCAAUCGAUUUUGAAUUUACAGGUGUCCUUGCUUCAUCUUUAUUAAGAAAUUCUCUCCUUGAUUCUGUACACCACAAUAAAUUAUCAAGUUUUAAAUGAGAUAUUGGAAAGUCAAAGAAAAUGUGAGACGUUUCCUACCAAUUCAAAUGGGUCUAUGUACUUUUAAAUAGGAAGCCAUUUCUAAUAAUGUGAUUGCCCAUCCAUUUAAUUUUUAUAUCUUUCCUUAUGGUGUUGAUGGUUAUUUGGAUAAACAAUUCUAAUUAAGUGUAAGAAUCUAAAUAAUAUUAAUAUAGAGUAAUUCAAUUUCAUUUCUUACCAACAACAAUUUUGAUUUUAAUAGAACUUUUAAUGAGGGCAUUCUUUAUUUAUCACAUUAAGAUGAGAAAAUUUUGAGAGAUACAAAAAGAAUAUAAGAUUUAAGAAAUGAAAUGAGAUAUUUAGAUAAAAUUGUAACAUUUGAAAUGAUUAAUUUUGUAAAACAAUACAAAGUUUAAGUGGAAUAAUUUCUAAAAGUAAGCAAUGAUCCUUAGUUUGAAAUACCAAUUAAAAGACUUAAAGUAAAAGUUUAUAGACAUUUUAUUGAGAGUGUAAACUAAAUUAAUUAUAUCUUAUAUAGAUUAUUAAAGAGUUUGGUAAAAGUUUUGAAUUUCAUUGUAAAUUUGAUUCAGAUAUAUUGGUUAAGAGAGAAGUUCUUUAUAUUGUUAAAGGACCAGAACCUCCAGAAACUAAAAAAUAAAAUGUAGAAGAAGCAAAUGAAUUUGCAGGUGUGAGAGUUUUAUUAGAUUAAAUAAGUUAGUAGAAGACUCCACUUAUUUUACAUAAUGGUUUAAUGGAUAUUAUGCAUGUAAUUAAUAUAUAUAUAUAUUUGAAUAGAUUUAUGAUAAAUUUUUUGAGACUCUACCAGAUUCAAGAACUGAAUUCAUAUCAAAAGUAAAUUAGUUAUUUCCAGAGAUAUAUGAUACUAAAUUUCUUAUUAAUCAAAGUUAUAGUGUUUAUAAUAAAGUGGGAUAAUUUUCUGAACUCAAAAAUAGCUUUAUUAAUUUAUAAAAUUUGGAACCUAAUGUUGUUUUUGGAGAUGAAUGUCAAGAAUACAAUAAUCCUGAAGAGAAUUAAGCUUUUGAACAUGAGGCUGGAUUUGAUUCAUAUAUGGCUGGGAGUGUUUUUUAUAAGGCCAAAAAAUUAAUGAAUCUUGAUUAAUCAAAAUUAGAUCUUUAUAAAAAUAAAGUUCCUUAAAGUUCUAUCAAAAUACCAUUUGAUUUUGGUGAUAAAACUGGAGAAGAUAAAUAUCAUAAUAAAUAGAUUUUUAUUUUUCAUGUUGAAAUAUUAGAGAAAAAUUUAGUACCUGAUUCUUUGAUCAAAGGCUAUUUCAAAGAUACAUAUAAUACAGAUAUAGAUCUCUUCUUGUCUUAUGGUUAAAACUUUGAAUAUUUCAUGGUUUUUUAGACUCUAGAAGGAUCAUAAGAAUUUAGAAAAACAAUGAAAAAUGGAGUAACAAUAAGUAUUUAUAAUAAUAACAUUUAUAGUUAAAAUUGGUGAUCACGAAUUCAUUAUUACAGAAUACGAAAACUAUGUUUAGAAACUUUAAAGAAGAGCAAAAGAUGAAUUGUCAAUUAAAGAAAUGCCUACAAUAUUAGAAUGAU